AUGACUACGGUUAAAGUACUUGCAACGGGUUCGGCCAAUGGUAAACUUAACGAACUCUUUGGUGGAAUUUCCAAGAUCAACGCAAAAUAUGGACCUUUCGAUUUAUUAUUAUGCGUCGGGGAUUUAUUUGCUGAUAAUUUGGACGAAAUAGAUUCCUUGAUCUCAGGUGACGUGAAAGUUCCAAUCACAACAUAUUUCAUGCACGGCGAACACGAGCUGCCCGAUAUUGUAAAAGAGCGCGUUGAAAGUAAUCAGGGAGAAUUGUGUCCGAAUCUCUUCUAUCUUGGUCAACAAGGUACUAUAACUACUACACAUGGCGUUAAGAUCGCGUUUGUUAGUGGUGUUAUGAGCGCUAUGGUGAACGAUCUUCCAACGCAGGUAGAUAUUCUUCUUACCCACGAAUGGCCAAAAUCCAUCACUCGAUUCUCUUCCCUGACUGUUCCGGAUGGCAUACGGGGUUCAGAAUUUGUCGCGUCUUUAGUUACAAAGGUUAAACCGAGAUAUCAUUUUGCAGCCUCGGAAAAAAUUUCAUUCCAAAGGGAGCCAUAUCAGAAUACACCUUCGUCUAAUAUAGUCAGUGAUGCUGAUGAUACUCAAUUACAAUUCGGACUUCCCACGUGGUUCGUUGGUUUGGCAGAAGUUGGUAAUUCAAAGUCUAAGUGGUAUUAUGGUUUCAAUCUAGUACCUUAUGUACACCUGCCGCCAUCCAAUUUUAUUAAACCUCCGGAGAACAUGACAGAAUGUCCUUUUUCUAAAUCGAGUACAGGGCAGAAAAGAGGAUUCAAAGAAGUACAGGUGGAUGCGAAUGAAACUGAAGGCAAUUUCUUUUGGUCUACGGGCGAAUCGUCUGAACAAGCAAAUAAACGCGGUCGCCGCAACAAUAAAGGUUCACCACCGGGAGAUUACGUAUGCAAUAAGUGUAAUCUACCGGGACAUUGGAUUAAUGAAUGUCCCAGUGGGCGACCAAGACCACCUAAAAGUUAUACCUGUAAAAAAUGCAACUUAGCAGGGGUCUCUAUAUCACAUUGUUCAUCUUUUCGGGAGAUUCCAUUCGAGGACCAAGUAAACUUGACAGACGAAGUUGAAAAGUACAAAAGCGCGUUGAAAAAGCUUUUUCAUUCAUAUGGUACAGGAAUGGUUUCAUUUGAGAUUUCUUUAUAUGGAAGGAAAAAUCAGCAUUGCCACAUACAAGUUGUUCCCGUCCCGUUGGAGCACGAUUCUAACAAAAUUCGCGAAGCAUUUAUCGAAGAAGCCUCAGUCAACGAUCUGAAAUUGCGCCCACCCUUACCAUCUUUACCUACAAAUUAUUUCAAAGUAGAUUUUCCCGAUGGUACUGGUUUGGUUCAUGAAAUUAACCCUCAAGAACAAUUUGAUGUACAGUUUGGAAGGAAAGUUCUCGGAAAGCUAUUGGGGUCAUCUCAUCGUAUCAAUUGGAGGGAAUGCGAGUUACCAGAAGAACUUGAACGUGCAGACGCUGAAAAGUUUAAGCAGGCGUUUGAACCAUACGCACCGAAGUUUGAAGGAAUUUGA